AGACAGGGAAAUGAGGAGUGGGAAAAUGGAGGGAAAGCCUAAAACCUAGAUUAGGAGGUGGAGAGGAAGCAAAGCAGGGGGAGGAGUGUUAUCUGUGAGGGCCUUAAUCAAAACACCGUUCUCCUGCCAACACCCCUGCGGGGCAUUGAUCUGGUAUGAAUGCGUUCUCCGCCACUGUAGAUACGGCACUCUGUGAGGGAGAGAGGAUACAAGAGAACACAAACACGAGCACGAUGGUGUAUAAGUUAAAGAUGUUACCAUAUUGCUCCCUCCUGCUCAUGCUAUGUGUGGCUCGGCUGAUCUCCACCUCCUCCGCCUUGCCCUUCGAGCAGAGAGGCUUCUGGGAUUUUGCCAUGGACAACAUGGACAGCAUGGACAGCAUGGACAGCAUGGACAGCCUGGACCGCCUGGACAGCGGCGGGAGGAUGACAAUGAUGAGGGAUGAGGAAGAAGGCUCGGGGGGACCGGAGAUUCCCCCUUCUCACAUACCCAUGUGCCCCUUCGGCUGCCACUGUCGGCUCAGGGUCGUCCAAUGUUCUGACCUCGGUCUAACUGAGGUGCCAAAGAAUAUUCCUCCAGACACCAAGUUCCUGGACCUGCAGAACAACCGUAUCGCUGAGCUUAAAGAGAAUGACUUCAAAGGCCUCACCAACUUAUAUGGUCUAUCUCUGAGGAAUAACAUUAUUUCCAGAGUCCACCCUAGGACAUUUGUGCCUCUGAAGCACAUGCAGAAGCUCUACUUCUCCAAGAAUCUGCUGACCACUGUUCCUCAGAACCUGCCGGCCUCUCUGGUUGAGAUUAGGAUCCACGAGAACCGCAUCAAGAAGGUGGCAGCUGGGGCCUUUGCCGGACUGGGCAACAUGAACUGCAUAGAAAUGGGAGCAAACCCCAUCCAAAACAGCGGAUUUGAGCCUGGAGCCUUCAAAGGACUGAAACUGAAUUAUCUGCGUAUAUCUGAGUCCAAAUUAACAGGGGUGCCAAAAGAUCUCCCGGAGAGUCUUAAUGAGCUUCAUCUGGACCACAACCAGAUCCAGGCUGUGGAGUUGGAGGACCUGAGCCGCUACAAAAACCUGUACAGGUUGGGCCUUGGAUUUAACCACAUCCGUAACAUAGAGAACGGCAGUCUGUCCUUCCUCCCCAGGCUGAGAGAGCUGCAUCUGGACAACAACCGCCUAACUCGUGUUCCCAAAGGCCUCCCUGAUAUGAAAUACCUCCAGGUGGUGUACCUCCAUUCCAACGACAUCGACCGGGUCGGCGUGGACGACUUCUGCCCUCGAGGGUUCGGGGUGAAGAGGACGUUCUACAACGGCAUCAGCUUGUUUUCCAACCCUGUCAACUACUGGGAGGUGCAGCCCGCAACAUUCCGCUGUGUCGGCAAUCGUCUGGCUAUUCAGUUUGGCAACUACAAAAAGUAAAGA